AUGGCCGACGUUUCGCAGUUUGACGAAACGAUGGAGAUGACCGACGAGGAAAUCGAAGCGAUGGAGCUCCCCGACGACCCCGCCGGCUCUAACCUCCCACGCACCCGUUCGCCGACGGAUCUCCCCGCGUCCAAGAAACCCUGCGUCGACGUCGACCCCUGCCCGCUGCCCCAGGAAUCGGCGGCCGGCACGUCCGGAUUCACGGAAGAACGCGCCGCCGUACCCGAGCAGCCCUUCCCGCAGCCCACCAGCACUCACGCCUCCGCAGCUGCCGUCUUCGCCUCCGUACCGAGCGACAUGAACCCUACCCCAACGACCCCCGGCCCGAGCUCCUCCGCCCCGCACGGCCGUGCCGAGGUUGCCGAUACGAACGACGCUACGAUCCCGUCUGCGGAGACCCCCCCCGAACCCGAGCUGCCGCGCUCCUCCCGUCAACCGGCUCCGCCCCCCCCGAUGCUGCCCCCGCCUAUCCUCACGACGAGCAGCCGGUCCGUGGUGACCCUGCUCUUCCCAGAAGCGGGUGCCGACGCCAUCCGCGCAACGCUCAUCGCAAAGAUCCUCGCGAAGCUGAAGCCCUCCCUUUUCGACUGCGGAUACGUCCCCGAUGCUCGCCCCACCAACGGCGAGACCAUGCGCUUCGCGGGACGGUCUUACGCGACGAUCUGCGUCUCGUGGCCGACUCAGCAAUCUGCUGACGAGUUCCUGGUCAUCUUCAACCACCCGAUCGAGCUCUCCUCGGGUCGCUUCAUCUCGGUCAAGCCAUACACUGACCCCUACCCAGAUUUCACCAAGGCCAAGGCGGAUGGUGCCCCCAUUCUCUCCCUGCGCCGUGUCCCGGCUCGCUUCGAAGAGGCGAACCUCUUCGCCUACCUGGUGCCUACUUGGCUGACGGGCAUCGAUUCCUUUCACCGCAUGAAGGACCCCUACGACGGGGUCUUCCUCCCCAUCCUCACCGGAAUUCCAAUCCCGCUUCCCACAGAUCCGGACUUCCGCACCAUCCCAGCGCGUAUUCCGGUCGGCGGUAACGACCCGGACAUCCUCGUCAAUAUCUCCACCCACGAAUGCUCCAUCUGCGCAAGCAACCACCGCGUGGAGGACCACGCGACCUUCCCCUGCAAGCGCAAGGGACGGAUCGGCAACAAAGCGCAGCUCACGGUCGCCCAACUGCAGAAGGCCAACGGUACAACCUCCCGCCUCGCCUUCCCCCCCCAACCCACGCCUCUACCCCCCCCCCUUCCUUUCUGCUGCUUUGCCAUCUUACCAGUAGGCUGCCCUUCAGUCAGGAUUCCCAGACACCCGCCCCCCUCCCCCCUCUCCUCACCCGCUAUCACUAACUUCCCCCUCCAACACCCCUGGCCCCGCCCCCCCCCUCUGACCCCGGCCUACAAGCGGCUCCAUUGGAGCACACCCCGCUUCCAACGCCUUCUGCGCCGACCCUGCGCUUCUAUUCAUCGGCACGGACACGGAUGUCGAGCCGUGGACCUGUGUGGCCUGCACAUUCGAGUGUGGCCCCGCGCUCGACAGUGCACUGCAGCAUAUGGAGUCCGCAAAGCACCGCGCGCAGCUGCUCGCCAACACCAGCAAGAAGGCGCCCAAGGAGCCGUUCCUCUCCUGGAGCUACCCGGCCUUCCUGAAGGAAGGGGGCUUCGGGCCCUUCCUCAAGCAGCUGAAGAGCUCCUCCCGCGCCUAGCACUACUCUCUACCGAGAGCGCAACGGGAAAGCCCACGCUCAUCGGCGGUGUCUCCAUUCUCUCCUUCAACAGGGCCAUCUCACUGUCCUCUCCGACUCCCUCCGCAGACGGCAGACUACUCACUGUACACCUCAACUAUCUGCGAGAGCAAAUCCGCCUCAUCGCCAUCUACGCCCCCACACAAUUCUAUGGACGCAGAGUAUGGUGGACCUCCACACUCGUCCCUGCACUGGAGGCCCCCACCGCCGCCUCCGCAUCCAUGCUUGCAGGAGACUUUAACUCGGUCGUCCUCCCCAUCGAUAGGAAUCGCCCCCCCAAAGACUUCGAGGCUCGUGAGGGCGCCUCUUUCGCCAAACUCAUGGAAAACCACGCCCUGGUCGACACAUUCCGCGAACUCUUCCCCACGCCGACCGACGUCUUCUCCUUCUUCGGGAGGCAACGUCUCAACAUUGCGACACCCCCUACCUCCUCCCGACUCGACAGAAUAUACAUCUCCCGAGCUUUCGCAUCCCGCCUAACUGCAAGCCCGUACAUCCAAACCCGCACGGCGAUCACGGACCAUCUCUACGCCCCUCUUUGCUCGCUCAGCUUCCUCAACCCCACAGUCGCCCCCCGACCCUGGCACCUCCGACAGCAUCUACUUAUGCGCCCCCAUCUCUCACAAAUUCUCGACUCCUGCCUCGCAACACUUUACAGCGGAAACACCCCUGCCACUGCAAACACGGCCUUCUGGCUACACAUUCCUCCCUCCUCCGUCCCGAACCCCCUUUUCCUACGACUCGGCGCCCCCUUCUCCCUAGCCGAAAUUGGGAAGGCAAUACUCUCUCUGUCCCGAGGAAAAACCCCCGGCCCAGACGGCCUGCCCGGGGAGCUCUUUCGGCAGUUCGCCCCACGAUUCGCACCGGUCUUCCACUCCCUGCUCUCCCCUCCACAAUCUCUCUCGCGCCUACCCCCGUCCAUGCUGACCGGACGCACUGUCCUCAUCCCCAAACGGGGCGAUUCCUCGCUCGUCGAAAAUCUUCGCCCCAUCACCCUCAUGAACGCGGACUACAAAGUACUCGCGCUGUGCCUUGCCAACCGUCUCCAGCUAGUUCUUCCCCAGCUCAUCCACCCAUCCCAAACCGCCUUCAUCAAAAACAGGAAAAUCGGGGACACAAUCAACGAUACCCUGGAUAUCAUGGAUUGGGCAGCAUUCUCAUCUAGCCCUCUCCUCGCGCUUACGGUCGACUUCCGAAAAGCCUACGACCUAGUCGACCGCCCCUUUCUCCUGCAAGCCUUAGCGGUCCUGGGAAUUCCAGCUCCCUUCAUACACUGGGUACGACUAAUGCACUCCGACACCACCACACGAAUCCCCGUCAACAACAUGCUAGGCCCCACCUUCCCUGUCCGCACGGGCGUCCGACAGGGUUGUCCUCUGGCACCUCUGCUUUUCGUGUGUGUCAUAGAGAUCUUCCACCGAUACAUGUCCCUCUUCCUCCCUGGUUUCGCUCUAUCUCCUGUCCAGCGCCGACUCAUGGCGUGCUACGCGGACGAUGUCACUCUCUUCCUCACCUCUGACACAGAGCUCGGCCUCGCAGUGAUACUCCUUGGCGUCUUUGGAUCCGUAUCCGGGGAGGUACCCAACUGGAACAAAUGUUCCAUCAUUCCCUUCAAUAUCAACCCCACCGACCUCACACACGCCGGGCCUAUCCCCGCCAUCCUCGAACGAGACUAUCUCCCCUCCUUCAUCCCACCACGAGCACUGGACGAACUUAAAUCCCUCCUCGCUCUUCCCCUAGUUAUCCAUGGCCCACCCCUACGCAUGCAAUGCAUCCUUACCGAACCCCUCGCCUUUAACCGGCUGCUCCUCAAGCCCGACGAGCGACCUUUCGGCACCCGCCAACACGAGCGCUUCCUGCUUGUACGACAACUCCGCAUUGGACACAUUGUCCGAAUCACCAACUUUGACGUCUGCCCCAUCUCGGCUCAGGAGUUCUGCUCCCAACUUCCGGAGGAAUUCCACGACGACGCCACUCGCCUCCUCCCGGAUCUCAUCGAGGCCAUCAAGCCCCCCUGGUGGGCCGGACUCCGAUCCCCUCACUCCACCUCUGCCUCCCCGGGAGACUGGUUCAUGAUCUCGGAUGAUCACUACUCCAUUUCCCACCGCGUUAUCCAGGUCGUCGAUUUCAUCCCCCCCUCUACUGUUUCGGCUACCGUCCACCCAGUCUCGCCCAACCAUCGCAUCGGCCGCACCCCAAUCAAUACCGGACUGUUUCGUUUACAGGACCUCAUCGAGGUGUACGUCAGGGAAUGGUGGCUCGCAGGGCCACUCCAUACAGGGACAGGUUUAGGAGCUAGGGUAGAACUUCUACAGGACGGUACCCCCAGCCUCGCCGACAUCCGCCGCCUCCUUUACUCCUCACAGCCACUCACUCACCACAGUCGCUGGACCCGAGACCUCACCCUUCCUCCUCCCCCUCUCCCUGGCCUCAAGGACCCCUUCCUCAAAGACCAGCCAAGCCGCCAACGGGAUAUCCUCUUCAGACUCUACACACUCACUCUCCCCUCUGGAUCACGCUUCCAAUACUUCGACGACCGAGGAGUUUGCCCCCGAUGCCCUGCUGCUGUGGUAGAAACACUGCCGCAUAUCUUCUUCGAAUGUGCCUCUGCCGGAAACGUCAUCUCUGCUCUGCGCACUGUCGCCGACCGCCACCUCGGACAAACCGCACCCGCCGAACACAUCUUCUUCCCUAUACAAAGAGAAAGGGUCGCUUUGCCUACCUCGCGACCCUCGCCCGUCGCCCUUGCUUUCUCCGCCCACUGCCCUCGCCCCGCCCGUCGCCCUUGCCGCCUCGUCGCCCGUCGCCCUCGCUUCCUCCUCCCGCCCUCGCUUCCUCCGCCAGCGCGCUUCUCCCAUACCGUCGACCUCGCUUCCCUCGCCCAUCCCCCUCGCUUCCCCCGCCUGUCGCUCUCGCUUUCCCCGCCUACCACACUCGCCUCUCCCUCCGCCCUCGCCGCCUCCCCGCCCGUCGCCCUCGCUUCCUCCGCCCAUCUACCUCGCUUUCCCCCGCCCGUCGCCCUCACUUCCCCGCCCCAUCGCUCGCCCCUUCAAUCGCUGCUGCUUCCUUUUUGCAGAGGCCACUUUCCCUCUUCUCACUCUCCGUUUUCAGUCGCAUCUCCCAAUCCGCCCACGUCGCAACUUGCAUUCCUGCCUCAUGUCGUUCUCGCUGCUCAGAUUCUACAGCAGUUUGCGCUCAGUCUCCCCCCACCCUUCACACCCCAGACUACGCUCGAAUUUCCCCCUUGA